AUGGCUAGUUCAAUCCCUUCUCUUUUUAGCCAGUUGCUAUUCUUGUUCUUCUUCUUCUUCCUCAGCCUCAACGUUUCCUGCACCAACGGCGGUAAACACCACCGCCGCCUGAUAUCUGUCAGCUCUCUGCUAAUGAUCAACGACACCGAAUGCUCCUCUUCCUCCUCAUUCGAUUCAGCAGAAUAUGGCGAGAACCAGAGCAGGAUUCAAGUUGUGCACCGCCACGGCCCCUGCUCUCCCCUCCGGCAGCCGAACGCGCCAAUCGAUCACGGGCGCCGUGUCCUCGAGAAUGACCGACGACGAGUGGCAUCCCUCCACGGCCGCCGCCAAGCUGAAUCUUCCUCCCGAUCCUACCCAGGCAACUCGUUGGCUGCCACCAUGCAGGGCCGCUACGGCCUUGCCCUCGGCAGCGCCGACUUCGUCGUCACGGUCGGCUUUGGCAGUCCGCCGCAGGCUAUGUCCGUCAUCUUCGACAGCGGCAGCGACCUCAGCUGGAUCCAAUGCCUGCCAUGUCCCUCCUCCUUAUGCUACACACAGAAGGAGCCCCUCUUCGACCCCUCCAAAUCCUCUCACUACUCGCCGCUGUCCUGCGACUCAACCUACUGUUCUUCCGACUCUUCCGCCUUCUGUGUCGGAUUUGACGAUUGUGAGUACACCGUCGCGUACGGCGACGGAUCCCAAACCCAAGGUCUCCUCUCUCAGGACACGCUCACGCUCACCUCCUCCCGCGUGCUCGACGACUUCGUCUUCGGUUGCGGCGAGGCCAACAGCGGACUCUUCGGCGAGGUUGCCGGGAUCAUCGGCCUCGGCCGCAACCAAAUUUCGCUGCCAUCCCAAGCCAACGGCGGCGCCUUCUCCUACUGCCUGCCGCCCUACGCGAGCUCCACCGGCUACUUGGCCCUCGGCACUAGCAACGGCAGCCGGCUGAAUUCCCCCAAGAAUCUCCAUUUCACUUCAUUGCUAUCGCGACUCGACGCGCCGUCGUUUUACUUCGUGGAACUCGUGGGGAUCAGCGUGGGAGGAAAAGAUCUUGGAAUAUCCCCGACCAGCUUCAGCGACCCUGGCACCUUCAUCGACUCGGGGACCGUGCUCACGUACCUUCCGGCGGCCGCCUACGCGGCGCUGCGUUCGGAGUUCCAGUGGCGGAUGAGGCAGUACCCGACGUCGACGGCAGGAAUGGAUCUGCUGGACACGUGCUAUGACCUGAAAGGGUACGACAGGGUGGCAGUGCCGGCGGUGGUGUUGCAUUUUAGCGGCGGGGCGAGGCUGGACGUCGACGGCUCGGGGAUACUGAUCCCGAUGGAUAGUUCCAGCGCGAUCGCGUGCCUGGCGUUCGCUGAAACGGAUCCGAAUGGGUUCUCGAUUAUCGGGAACAUGCAGCAGAAAACGUACAACAUCCUUUACGACGUGCCUAACGAAAAGAUUGGAUUUGGCGGCGGAGGAUGCACCGCCGAUCCGUUUUAA